AUGGAUGGAGGGAAUCACUCAGUUGUGUCUGAGUUUGUGUUUCUGGGACUCACCCAUUCAUGGGAGAUCCAGCUUGUCCUCCUGGUGUUUUCCUCUGUGCUCUAUGUGGCAAGCAUGACUGGAAACAUCCUCAUUGUGUUUUCUGUGACCAUUGAUGCUCACUUACACUCCCCCAUGUACUUUUUCUUAGCCAACCUCUCCUUCAUUGACUUAGGAGCCUGCUCUGUUGCCUCACCAAAGAUGAUUUAUGACCUUUACAGAGAGCAUAAAGUCAUCUCUUUUGGAGGCUGCAUUGCUCAGAUCUUCUUCAUCCACGUCAUUGUUGGGGUAGAGAUGGUGCUGCUCAUGGCUAUGGCCUUUGACAGAUAUGUGGCCAUAUGCAAGCCUCUCUACUACCUGACCAUCAUGAGCCAGAGAGUGUGCAUUUUGUUUAUAGUUGCUGCUUGGACUCUUAGCAUCACUCAUUCACUGUUCCAACUAGCAUUCAUUGUUAAUUUGCCCUUCUGUGGUCCUAAUGAAUUGGAUAGCUUUUACUGUGACCUUCCUCGGCUCCUCAGACUGGCCUGUACAGAUACCAACAGAUUGCAGUUCAUGGUCACUGCCAAUAGUGGGUUUAUCUGUGUUGGUUCCUUCUUAAUACUCCUCAUUUCCUAUAUCUUCAUCGUAUUUACUGUUUGGAAACAUUCUUCAAGUGGUUCAUCCAAGGCUCUCCCCACUCUGUCAGCUCACAUCACUGUGGUCCUUUUGUUCUUUAUCCCAACCAUGUUUAUCUAUACAUGGCCACACCCCAAUUCACAGAUGGACAAGUUUCUUGCACUGUCUGAUGCUGUGCUCACUCCUUUUUUAAAUCCAGUCAUCUACACAUUUAGGAAUAAAGAGAUGAAGGCAGCAAUGAAGAGAGUAUGCAAAAACUUAACUAUUUACAGAAAAAUCUCUUAA